AUGGUCAAGAUUGCUUCAAAGUUGAGAAAAAGGGCACAAGGAAGUGCUGGUCCUACAGUACCACAAGUAAACAACUGCCAAAACAGAAAAGGAGAAAAUGUCCUCCAUAGAAUUUGCAGAAGCAACAAUGUCAAAAAGCUGACUGAUCAUCUCAGCCUUCCUGGGGUCAAAAUAAAUGUGCAAGACAAUGCUGGCUGGACGCCUUUGCAUGAAGCUUGUAACCAUGGCAGCACAGAAUGUGUCCGUGAAAUUUUGCAGCGCUGCCCAGAAGUAGACCUGCUCAGUCAUGUGGAUGGUGUGACUCCUUUACAUGAUGCUCUACAAAACAGACACAUUGAUAUUGGCAAAAUGCUACUUCAGCAUGGGGGACCAAUACUUUUGCAGCAGAUGGAUUAUGUUGGGAAAUUUCCAUUGGAUUAUGUCUAUUCACUACAACUGAAAAAUGAACUUUUUGAAAUUGUCCAGGUGGCAGAAACCAUUGAGGAGUUUCUCAAUAAGGCUGUUUUAAAAUCUGAAGGCCAUAAACUAGAGUUUGGUGCUUUUCUCCUAACACGAAUGUUGUUAAAUUUCAUAUGCCUUUAUGGGCUGCCAUCAGAUCUGAGUACUGCUAAGAAAGUUUGCCCUAAUUCUGCCUUUUUAGUCAGUUGUACCAAAAGAACAACCUCCUCUUUCAUGAGCUCUAUAGUAGAGUGCUACAUUGGUGCUGUAGCUACUAUGCAUAAUUUGAGUGAUCUUUUACAAUCUGUUCCAGAGUCAUUGCUUCAGAACCCUGGUUUUAAUGUGCAUGUUCUGUUCACUUUUCUACGCACAAUGGCUUCUUGUUCAUCAGUUCCUGCAAAGGAAUAAUGUGAUCAGACAUUCAGUGCACAAGGCUCAUUGUGCAUAGCACACUAAAGAGAAACUUGCGCAGCAUUACUGCCAAACUCAUGCACUAGCAUGCACUUUUUUUGUUUUUACCAAAA